AUGUCUGUGCCCUCUCUCCAUUAUAACGCAGGAAGUGCCCCCAGCAGUCCUCGACGAUCCGCACGCCGAGAGACAGAGUUCUACUACCAUAGCGGCCCUACCCAGGUCCAGGACGUCUCGGGAAAUGUCCUCUCACAUCCAGGAGGCUACUUUAAGACAAUUUUCAAGGCCAUACUAGCGACAGCCGUCUUUCGUUGCUGGCACCUCAUCCUCUUCUUCACCAUUGAGGCAUUCAUCGUCACCUAUCUGCAACACCAUGGAUAUAAGAAGUUGGCUAUCGAGAGCACACUCAUGGCAAGUAGUUGGUCAUCUUCCUGA